GUGAUGGCAAUUACCAUGAGUCUAUGUCUAGUGACUAGUGUCUAGUGUCUUGUGUCGAGUGUCUAGUGUAGAUGCAGCAGGAUUAGCCAUGUGGGUGCGAAGCACUCUGAUAACCUGUGUCUACGUCACAUUCUGUAUCGGAAGGUCCUUGGGAGAUUGUCCUCUUCCGCCACAUCCAGCGCACGGCCGUCACAGGCCCAACGGCAACGACUGUGGCGGCGCAGACAGACCAACCGCUUGUGACGGCACCCCCGGCACUCUAGCCCCCGAGAGCUGGCUGCUCGUGGUCCAUUGUGAUCCAGGCUACCAACUGCCAGACCCUGAAGCAGUUGAUGUGCCUUCUGUCUGCAUUGGUGGUACCUGGUCAAUCCCCAAACUGCCCUCGUGCAUAUUACCAGAUAUUGUGGCCAAUGAGCGAGAGAUGUGCAAAGUUCCAGAUCCUCCGCCCCACGCCGAUUUCCGUCCGUUGGAGGUAGAGUGUGGUAGUGACAAGUUUCCCCCGGGCUCUAACGCUCCCCGUGACUGUAUCUUGUUUGUCAGCUGUGCCACGGGCUAUCGUCGUCGUCAGGGCUCCGGGUACUUGCUCAUACACUGCUACAACAACACCUGGAACCCCAAUAUUCCACAAGAACUCUGUACAAAAGCCGAUGACAGUGUAGUACCAGCAGUUGCUCGGCCCACGAAGCCUCCAACGAAUGAUUCUCCUAUCGCUCCUUUGCCUGUGUCAACAACAGGCUGUGUGCUCCCUGCAGAAUCCAAUGCCAAGUUCUGCUCGUUUUCUACCGGCUGCAGACAAUGUGACUUUAGCAAUACCAGAUGUCACUUACCUCCAGGUUCCAGAGUAGAUAAAGUCAAGGUGGUGUGUGCUCCAGGCCACACUGUUCAUCAGAACAUUGACUUCGCCGUGUGUGACGACAACGGCUGGCACUCCUCGUUUCCAAAGUGUGUCAAGCUGUGCCCGCCUCUAGUAUCAGACGCUCUCCUAAUGACAUGUCGCGUUGGCACAGACAUAGUCAACUGCUCAGCGCCAGCAUUGCCCGGCACCACAGUCAGCUUCCAGUGUCUACCGGGCUUCUCAGAGUUCUUGGAUCUAAAACGUCAAGGCGAAUAUCGGAAAAUAAUCACAUGCAGACACGCUGGGAAAUGGUCUAGUAACUUGCCUAUUUGUAGACCAGCCUGUGGAGUUUCUAAAUACAAGGACAGCGUAAUUACUCCCACGAUCAUAGAUGGAGCUGAGGCACAUGUAGGACUCUUCCCUUGGCACGCUGGACUUUACUAUCGAGAUAACACAGCUGAUGGCGAGGAAAUCUGGUCACAACAAUGUGGAGGCUCUUUGAUAACAGAUCGCGUUGUUCUUACAGCGGCCCACUGCUUGAAACCUGUCACAGACAAAAGAAAUCUCCGGGUAGCAUUGGGUAAAUUUCAUCGAUCAUGGAACAUCCCUGAGAUUACUGAACAAAAACGUAAUGUUACAGAUUUUAAAUAUACCCACGAUUACAACCCAAAUACACAUGCAUUCGAUAUCGGUUUGAUAUUUCUGAGUGAGAAGAUCAAGUUUGGGGAGUAUAUCAUGCCUGUGUGCCUGGAUUUUGAUGAAACAACGACUGAAUUGCAGAAUUCCAAGUCAUAUGUAGUCGGUUGGGGCCGGGUAGGAGCGAAUGGACCAGCAAGUGAAACCCUUCUUUACAACACGUUGACUGUAAUGUCAGAGGCUGAUUGUAAACAAGUACUUCCUUACUAUACUCUGGUGCAUGAAAAGUUCUGCGCUUAUAAAAACAACUCAGAUUCUACGACCCAGCAAGGGGACAGUGGAGGGGGUCUGACCGCCGUCUACAGGGAUGGUUUACAUUACAUUGUGGGCAUUACCAGCACUAAGCAUAAUUUGGUCGUUUCUGUGUUUACAAACGUCAAAUAUAGACAUCAUAUCACCUGGAUUCAAAAUCAAAAAAGACUAUUCGAAAACCUGUAUUCCAGUUGACUAGUACUUAUAAUAUUUAACUUAUGAGUUUA